GAUGACGGUUCAAAAAAUUCCUAUACUCAUUAUAAAUUUACACUUUCUGUUAUUUAUCUUAUAAUUAUGAUCAUAAUACUAUUAAAACUAAGAUUUCCUAAGCAUUUUAGUAGCAUAAAAGGCAUAUAUACGCCAGUCCUCAUAUAAAAACAAAACGGUACCGUGGAAAAUCAAUUUAAAUCGAAAUCAAAAUUUUAUAAACAUUUAAUUAAAAUGCGUUAGUUUUCUUUAGUUUUCACAGAGAUGUGUUUCAUUAAAUCACCUUGAUGGAGUAUAAAUAUGGAAAUAUUAAAAAAAACUGUGUUUACUUUAUUGUUUCUGUUUCUUUAUUUAGCUGAUGCGUUAAAAAUAAAGAAACAAAACCAAACAACAACCACAGUUAAUCCGAAAAUAGAUAAAUUUAUUGAAGACGAUAUGGAAAUAAAAUUGAAUUUAAAUAAUCAUAAUAAUGAUGAAGAUUUAAGAGAGCAAUUAGAAAAUAAAAUUCUAAAAGAAAAUUCCACAGUCCAAAAUCUUGAUUUGACGAAGAAACGAAAUAAAUCAGUAACUCCUAGAAAUUCAGUAGACAAAAGUGCUUCACAAGGUAUAUACCUCCCGAUAGAUUUGCUCUUAAAGCAUCCAAAAUUAAAUGGAACUAAUCACACUAAUUCGAACUCAAAAAGUCGACAGAAUGUGACAAACACCAACAAUCCUAUUGUAAACUACUUAAAGCCCAAAAUAGAUUUUUGUGAAGAUACAAUGGAAGCUGUAGAUGAAAGCAUAGCUGACUUUUAUAGCGCUAUUAAAACGAAUAACAGAACAAAUGAAAGUUUUGUAAUACUUGACGACGUUAAAGUAGAUGAUUAUGUAAAUAUAAAAAUGAGUCCAGAAAGUUCAGAAGUUACUAAUAUUGAUGCGCGGAAUUCUUUACCCGAUAAAAGUGAUCAAAUGAAUUCUUCAGCAAAUGUUGGAACGCAAAUAAAUGUUAUAAAAACACCAACUACAACUAUAGAAAUUGUAAUAAAAUGCGAACCAUCCACUCCCAAUGAAGCGUUACGGUCUAAUUCAUCCAUUGUUAUUCACAAUACAACCUACCAAGAAAUAACACAACCUGCCUAUUGUCCCAUUCCGUACACAUAUAGCUAUACGCCUCGUUGGCCUUAUAGAUCGUGGUACGGAACGUACCCUUACAAUUUCUAUAAAUAUCCAAACACAAAACAUAACGGCCAGUGUUACUUUUAUAAUAACCAAUAUUCUAUGCCAUACUCAGCUCCAAAUAUUGUGAGGAAAACUUGGAACAACAUGGAUUUAAGUAUAACAAAUCCUAAUUAUAUGACAUUUAAUUGUGAAGAAACUAAAGAUUCUACUAUGCCCGAAUAUGAUGAUAAUAUGUAUGAAAUUUAUGAUCAAAAUGUUAUUUAACGUAAGAUCUCAUUCAUAUAAUUAAUAAUCUACAAAUAUAUUGUAAAUUUACAUGAAUUUACACUUUAUUUAAUUA